AUGAAUGACACAGUGCCUAAACUUCCUUUUGAUGAAAUACGGAACGAGAUGAAUAAAUAUGGUGUUGCCAUUACACCUUCAACUUUAAAACAUCCAACCACAGAGGAUGUUCAAGGAGUUUAUAGUAUAUGUAUAAAAUAUAUUUUAAAUAAAGAUAUUAAUAAUAUAAGAAUUGAAGAAUUUACAGGAGAUUUGAAAAGUUCAAUGCCAUCAAUCGAUGGGAUACAAAUUUUACCAAAUGAAGGAAAAAAUCAUUUACAAGCUAUUGGAAAUUUACGAUUUUUUCGACACUGUGAAAAAAUUAAUAGAAUACUAAAUAUGGAGAAUACAUUAAGUUAUAUAUUUAAGCCUACAAGUGGUCAUAUAACAAAAUUAAUUAAUGCCUUUAUGCAUUUUAUGAGAUAUCGAGAACAGAUAUAUAAUGAAAAUGAUACAACUAUAAAACAAAUCGAAGAAAGAAAAAGUGAAAGUAAUAUAUUAGACAAUGAAUUAAAAUCUAUUCAAAGUGAAUUACAAGUAUUACUGUCAAAACAUGAAGAAGUACGAACUAGCAUUUUAAAUGAAAAAAAUAUAAAAAGAGAUUAUGAAGAAGAAAUUAUAGAAAAUCAAAAUUCAUUAAAUUCUCAACAAAGUAUACUUAUAUCAUUAAAAUCAACAAAGGAUAGGAUAGUAAAUGAAACAAAUGAAUUAAUUUUUCAAUUUUCUAGAUAUAGACAAAAAAAAGAAGAUUUAGAAGAUCAAAUAGUACCAUCUCCUGAAAAAUUACAACAAUAUAAUGAUGAAUUAAAAGAUUUAUUAUAUGAACAUAUGUCUCAUUGUGAAACGAGUAAAAAAAAAAAUGAAGAUAUAAAAAAUAAGAUAAAUGUAGCUGACUUGUGCAUAAAAAAGUUAGUAAAUUUAUUAACAACAUUAACAAGUCAUAUAAAUGAAACAUUAAAAGUUCAUAUUGAUAAAAAAAAUAAAUUAAAAGAUUUAGGUACAAAUUUAAAAUCAUUAAAAGAAGAAAAUGAUAAUUUAAUAAAAAAAAAAAUAGAACAAGAAAAUAUUUUAAAUGAAACUGAAAAUAAUUUUUUACAAGAAAAAAAUAAAUGGGAUGAAAAAAUUCAAGACGAAAAAAAAAAUAUUAUUAUAGUUGAUGAAAAUGUUAAACAAAUAUAUGAAUAUAUAAAUGAUAUUACAACAAAAACAAAUCAAGAAAUUCAAGAAAUAAAUAAUAUUGUUAAUCAUAUUCAAGAUACAAUAAAUACAUAUAAUAAAAAUUUUGCUAUUAUAGCUGAUUUAAUAGAAAAUACAAAAAAUUCUCAAAAAGUUCUUACAAAUAAAAUACAGAAUAAUAUACAAAACUGCAUAAAAACUCAUUUGUAG